UCUUAUCUUUAUUUAUUUAUAUAUUUCACUUGAUUUUAAAAUAAAACAAUUAUUUUUAUGUUUUUGAACACUUUGUACAAAAGUGGUUAUACAAAAAGUCUAAUCUUGUCUAAUCUAAUAAACUAAUCUUGCCAAUUUCACUCUGCGGAGAACGCCUACUGAUUGAACACAUGCACAGCUCAUAACAGAAUAAAUAUAGUUAAAAAAACUAAGAAGCACGUUUGUAAACCACAUCUAAGUAAAAAAUGUAAAAUAAUUCUUAAUGUAAGCUUACAGAAAAGCUUGUAUUAUUGGUUAAAAAGCGUAAGUUCCUCAAUUUGAGAAAAAUAUAACACAGAGCACCCACGUUUUUAACCAAAAAUACAAAUAUGUUUUGGCAUAUGUGGAUGGAAUGUUUUUGGGGAAGUGGGCGUGUCCCCGCCCCUAGUAAAUUUUUUGUACAUAUCUCGUAAACUACUAAAGCUAUAUCAAGGAAACUUUCUGUAGUCGUUUCUUUUAGGUAUUACCUUAUGAAGUCCAAAAAUGGAGGAAAUCGGUUUAUAAUCACAUCCACGUCCAAAACAAAAAUUAUGUUGAAAACUACUAAAAAUGCUUUAAUUCAGUAAGGAAACCCACCAGAAACCUUAAAUUUCAUUAGAAAUUAGAAGAGCUGCAGUCAAAAUGGUCCACAAAAAUUUUCGCUCACUUAUAGGUCAAAAACUAUAUCUUCGAAACUACUCGACCAAUUUCAAUGAAAUUCGGUUCAUAAUAUCUUCCUAGCUUCCCAAUGAUGUGUUGUGAAAAUAGUCCAAAUCGGUUCACAACCACGCCUACUUCCAUAUACCAGAACUUUGAAGUAGAUCUGAAUCGUUUACUUUACAAUUUAUAAAGUAAAUACUAGUGAAAAUAUCGGAACAGAACUUUGCAUAAAUACUGCAUUUAAAGAGUGGCAUCGCAAUUCUAAAAAUCGUCGAAAUCGGCCCAUAAGUUUUCAAGACCCUAUAUAUCGAAUAUGAGGACCUCACCUCUUCUAACAAAUUUUUUACCGAAAAUAUAGGUAAGUCUCUCAGAUGUAUUGAAGAAAUUCAGAGGGAAUAUUUUUCUUCUAAUAAAAUGUCUUCGUGCCAGAAAUGAGUAAAAUCACAUGCAAAGUUUUUCAGCUUUUACCAACAAUAGUAACUUUUUGUAGUUAAAUGGCAAUCUCGGUAGUUAGAGUGGCAACAUUCAUUAACCCUAAUUUUUGUAUGUAUAAGAGAGAGAUGCACGUACUACAAUGAAUCGAUAAAAAUCUCCGCCAUGGCCGCCAUUCAUAUGAAGAGAAAAUUUGAAAGCGGUACUAUGUUUGACUGGGUGCUGCAGCGUAUUUUAAAGAAAUAUAACUGCAGAAAAUGGUCUCGAAAGGCAAAGCGAGCUGCAACGCACAUCUGGUGCGGACAUACAAAACUAAAAAGAGGAACAGAACAAGGAUUAUGCCACUUUAGGCAGAUAGAUAUUUACAAACUUCGGAGAAAGCUUAAGCUGGAUAUCACCCAUAUACUCCCAUAUGGGAAGGUAGCUAUACUUGGUAUGGGUGCGGGGAAUCCUACCAGCAGUUCUUCAAGACAUACAACGGCGAUCGCUCAUCAAUCGUACAAUACAAAUUCGAAUUAGAUUUCGACGUAUGAUGAAAGCAGGAUUAGGAAGUUACAAAAAUCAUGCUCCUGGAAAUACAACACAAAAUAUGCUACAACAACAGGUAUUAUUGAAACGAAUAUACAGUAGAACUCCAAUCAUCCGAAUUAAUGGGGACCGGGACCCAUUCGGAUAAUCAAAUAUUCGGAUAAUCGGAUUAAAAAAAAAAAUUGCCAUUGGAGAGAAUAAAAGCUACGUUUUGAUAUUACACUAU